AUUAUUCUACCGGAAAAAGUGUACAAGAUGAUGUGUUUACAUUAACUGGGUUUAAAAAUUGGAAAAAAUUAACUGGAUCAAGAGGGAAAAAAGGCAAUAAGCAAAGUAAACAUGAAGCACAUUCAACUUGUAAACACCAUUUGACUUGCAUGACUAAAUGGGAACAACAUGUUAAAACUAAGUCCUCAGGUAGCAUUCAUGAACAACUAUCUUCAAGUCAUAAAUUGAUUGUUGAAAAGAAGAGAAAAUAUAUAAAAACGCUUAUUGAAAUAACCUUAUUUUUGAGCAAACAAGGACUGGCUUUCAGAGGACAUGAUGAAUCUAAACUUUCUUCAAAUAAAGGAAAUUUUAAAGAAACAUGUGAUUUACUAGCAAAAAAUUGCCCUGAAUUUGAAGAAAAGUAUAGCAACUUGACUAAUUUCACCAGUCAUUUAAUUCAAGAUGAAUUGGUAAACUUAUCUGCAGAGAGCAUUCGGUCCAAAAUAACCAAGAAAAUAAAAUGUAAUAAAGUAUUUGGAAUUAUGAUUGAUGAAGCAAGAUGUUUUAAAGAAGAACAAAUGUCUGUAUGUGUUAGAUACACUGUUGGUCUAAAUGUUGUUGAACGUUUUCUGGAUUUUGUAGACGUUUCAGAAAAUCAAAAUGCAGAUUCAUUAUGUGCUAAAAUAUUUGAAUUCCUUACUGAGAACCAAUUGGAUAAAUAUCACAUUGUGGCACAAUCAUAUGACGGUGCCAGUGUCAUGUCUGGCAAAUUUAAUGGUGUUCAAUCCAAAGUAAAAAACAAAUUUCCCUAUGCCAUUUACACCCAUUGCAUGGCUCAUCAGAUGAACAUUGUAGUUAUUGAUAUGUGCAAAAUUGUAAAGGAAUCUAGAAUUAUUUUUAAUACAAUAGAAUCAUUGUAUAAGCACUUUUCUCAUCCUACUAAAAAUAAAACUCUUGUUACUAUGCAAAGAAAAUUAGGAGUUAAAAUAUCAAAAAUAAAUUCUUUGAGUGAUACAAGGUGGAAUUGUAGAUGGAAAAACUGUGAGUCAGUUGUAUACAAUUAUUAA